UUGUAAUAAGCCUCCAUCGUUAACCCCACGGAGAAAUAAUAGACUAUAUAAAGAAAAACAGAGUGCUCUGCCUUUGGGUUUUGGAUUUCGAAACCAUUAAAGACCCAAAACGACCAAAUUACAAUCCAAUACACAGAUUCAAGCUUAUCCCAAUCAAAACCCACAAAGUGCGGAUCUGAAUAGGAACACAGAGUGGUUCAUGUACCCUGGUGUUUGGACCACCUAUAUUCUCAUCCUCUUUUUCUCUUGGCUCCUUGUGCUCUCAAUCUUUGGCUGCUCUCCUGGCAUGGCUUGGACCAUAGUUAAUCUCUCUCAUUUUUUGGUCACUUAUCACUUCUUCCACUGGAAGAAAGGAACUCCCUUCGCUGAAGAUCAGGGGAUCUACAAUGGACUUACUUGGUGGGAGCAGAUGGAUAGUGGAAAGCAGCUCACCCGCAACAGGAAGUUCUUAACCGUUGUUCCUGUGGUGCUGUACUUGAUAGCCUCACACACAACUGACUACCAGCACCCGAUGCUCUUUUUCAACAGUCUUGCAGUCAUUGUGCUAGUUAUUGCCAAAUUCCCCAAUAUGCACAAAGUCCGGAUCUUCGGAAUCAAUGGAGAUAAGUGAGUUGGGCGUAAGGUUGACAUGUUCAGAAAUCACAUAUUGUUCUGAGGAAGAGCUAUAUCGUUGUAUAGAAGUUGGAACUGGAGGGAUAUUCAAAAAUAUAAUGUGUUUUUGUUCUUACGGCUUUUCAAGCUGCCUCCCAGUAAAGAAUAAUUGUAUUGAGUUAUCUUUGUACAGUAGAGAAAUUUUAUGUAUCUUGAGAUUCACGGUGCUAUAUGAGCAUAUGUCCCAUAUUUUGACGCCUCUCUUCCUAAUUCCCAUCUGUUUGAUUAUCAUUUCCACCCUCGAAA